AUGGUGCACCUGUACGAUGCCUUUGCCUUUCCCAUCGUGCGCGACCAGCUCAUCGCCAACACGGUGCUGGUUGCCUUCGCUACCCUUGCUCUGGUUCUCCGUUUUGUCUCGCGACAUAUCCGGCAGAAUAACAUCUGGUGGGACGAUGGCUGCUGUGUAGGCUCCAUGCUGCACACAUACGGCAUGCUGGCGAUGCAGUACCACUACGCUCGCAUCGGGAUGCGCAACCACGUCACGGAAAUCCCGGGGGAGAACUUGGUGGUCCUCCUCAAGAUGCUGAUCGUCUACCAAGUCGUCUACUACAACGCCAUGGUCCUUGCCAAACUGAGCUACCUCUUCUUCUACCUCCGCAUCUUCGUGACCAAGGGCUUCCGCAUCGCGGCCUGGGUGUGCAUGGGCUGUGCAUGUGCGUACUGGGCCGGCAGCAUGCUUCAGAUCUUCCUCAUCUGCCAGCCCUUCGAGAGGAACUGGAACCCGCUGCUACCUGGCCACUGCGCAAGCCAGAACGUGGCCUUCUCAACCAUUGGCGCCUUUAAUCUCAUUACGGACGUCAUGAUCAUGGUGCUCCCGCUGCACUUUAUCUGGAAGCUACAAAUGAGCACUGCGACCAAGCUGGCGCUCUACGGUAUCUUUGGAAUGGGUAUCUUUAUCUCCGCCAUAACCAUCAUCCGUAUCCGCGUCCUCACGACCGUCGACUUCCUCGACCUCCCUUACUCGAUGAUCUGGGCUGCCUUUUGGAGCGUCACCGAGCCGGCCCUGGCGAACCUGAAUGCGUGCGUGCCUAUGCUACGGCCCGUCUUCAAGGCUGCUUUUCCGACACUGUUUGCCAGCCGCAAGACCGCAUACUCGACGCCGGCGGCGUCUGGGGGCUCAGGGAGCAAGAAAAAGCCUUUCAAGCGGAUGAAUGAUGUUGAGAGUGAGCUUCAGCUUACGCAGUUGGAGGAGCCGGUUACAACGAGUCGGGAGGGAAGGUCAGAACAUGGAGACGACGGGUCCCGGGAUGAUCGGUCCCAGGAUGAGUCGACGCAUGUUCCCAGGAGUGUGAUUGUGACAAAGCCUUGGUCUUAG